GGCUUUUGGCCCGGUAUAUGUCAGCAACAGGCAACUGGCGGCGGGGUAGUAUUGAAUCCACAGAUCCGAUGUUGCUGUCGGAGGCGGGUGUUUGUUUGGUGCCCCUCGGUGCCUGAGGGAUGCAGUCAUCGUGUUUCUACCCAAAGAUGCGAGGACCAAAAAAGACCUAUUAUCUAAUGGACCCUCCUCCAUGUCAGUCGGGCACGUUGAAAAAGUUCUUCUCCACAAAGGAUUCUCCAUGUCUCAGGUGAUUUGCUCUGCAGGUGGUCGUGUUGGCCCUGAGGCUUUUCAAUAUUCCACGACGGCAUCUGAGGUGAUUCUCUUGGUACCAAACACAGAUGUCAAAAAACGAGCAACGUCUUGGCCGUCCAAUCAGAGGCUGGGGAUGUGCUCAGCCCACUGCAGUCAACAGUGUGGAGAAAGCUGCGGUGGCCGCGAUUGACUGGCCGGUGUUGGUCUUGAAUUGAGUGGCCAUCUGCAUUGCACUGUACCCUGCGGCGUGCUGCAUUGUUCCUUUCUCUCUUUCCUUCUCUCUCUCGCUCACCCUCUCGCUCUCUCUUUUGUUGCUGUGCCGAUCGAUCCAGGUACCAGGCACAAUGGGAGAUCUGCCAUCGGACAAACAUCCAUCCAAUAUCAUCAUCAUCAUUACCAUCAUCUCCACCCGCAUGGCAAGCCAUUAUUAUGCAGUUUGAAGGGAAGCACUGGAAAGGAAAACUGCAAUCUCCACCGGGCGCUGGCGGCGACAAAGAUUGGACCCCUGUCGCCCAAGAGCUGAGUUCUUGGUGGAGAUCACCAACCCCUGUCGACCGGGACCUCGCGUGGUCUGGGACGGUCCAAUCGUUGCUCCAAAAAAAGGCUGGCUUCGUAUUGACGCCGCGCUCCAGGUGUGUGUGUGUGGAGUGCCCUCCGGCGCCUGCGAGCCGGGGCUCGGCAUCAAACUAUGGACUUUCCGGAAGGAGAAGAAAGGCUAGAAGGAAACGAGAUGCUGGGCAAGAGAUAAAGAUGCUGGUCCACCCACCUCCUCGGGAUCUGGGGUUCCCUUUCCUCACCUUCCGCUCACCCAGCAUUGAAAUCUCGUACAUAGACCUUCGGGUCCCGCAGUCGCUCGUUUCUCGUCUGCCUUCUUGUGUCGAUUUAGUCAUUCGCUCUCUGGGAAAGAAAAGGGGUACAUAAACAUGCGCGUUUCUACUUUGUCUCUGGGCGCCCUGGCCGUGGGUCUGGGUGCCGCCACCGAAUGGCCCGACUGUCAUGAGGACAACUGCUACCGCAACCUCAUCGACGCCAACUACGCGGCCGAGGCUUCGGCCUUCUGCCCCGGCUUCAUUGCCGGCACCACCACAGCGGCCACCGCCAUCCCAACUAAUUUCUACAAUUGCGAUGGCAGUGUCCAGUCUGUGAGCUCGGUCUGCUCGUGCAUUGUGUACACCAUGACGCACACCUCGGCUACCGCUACCGCUGAGCCCACAACCGAGCCAAGUGUCGAGCCCACUACCACCACCAUCGAGACAUACACCAUCUCGGAGACCUGGACCAGCGAGGAGCCAACAAGCACUUCGACCGAUGAUGAUGAUUACUGUGAGGAUGACGAGACUACUACCACGGAGCCCACUGCUACUCCUACCGACGAGCCCACUGUCACUCCUACCGACGAGCCCACUGUCACUCCCACUGAGUCUGAGGAGCCUACCGCCACUCCCACCGACUCUGAGGAGCCAACUGUUACUCCCACCGACGAGCCAACUGUGACUCCCACUGAUGAGCCAACUGUUACCUCGACCGAGACUGAGGCGCCUACCACGACGGAUGAUGACUACUGCGAGGACGACGAGACGACCACCACUGAGCCCACCGUCACUCCUACCGAUGAGCCUACUGUGACUCCUACGGACACGGAGGAGCCUACCGCCACUCCUACCGAUGAGCCCACGGAGGAGCCUACUGAGGAGCCAACUGCCACUCCCACUGACACUGAGGAACCAACCGUCACUCCUACCGACACUGAGGAGCCCACAGCCACUCCUACCGGUGGACCUACCACCACCGAUGACGACUACUGCGAGGAUGACGAGACUACUACCGAGCCCUCCGCUACUCCUACGGAUGAGCCGACUGUGACCCCAACUGAUGAGCCUACCAUUACUCCUACUGACGAGCCAACCGAGGAGCCUACUGUUACUCCCACCGAGACCGAGGAGCCCACUGCCACUCCUACUGCCGAGCCCACCGAGGAGCCCACCGAGGAGCCAACUGCUACUCCCACCGAUGAGCCUACCGAGGAACCCAGCGUGACCGAUACCCCCACCAUUACCACCACCAAAGACGAGGACAGCACCGGCACCACCACCACCGAGGAGUGGACCACCAGCACCAUCACCACCACCACGGUCAAGACCAUCACCCAGUGCCCCUCGACUGUUCCCGCCUGCCCCACUGGCGGCGUCGUCAUUGUCACCACCGAGACCAUCGUCACCACCACCGUCUGCCCCGUGACUGACGUUCCUGCCGUCCCCACCACCACCGAGGGCGGCGAGGUCACCCCCCCCAUCGUCACCGACGGUCCUGAGGUCACUGGCGGCCCCGGCCCCGAGGUUCCCCCUACCAGCACUGAUGAGGAGGAGCCCCCUGUUGUCACGGACGGCCCUGAGGUCACUGGUGGUCCCGAAGUUCCUCCUACCACCACCGGGGAGCCUGAGGAGGAGCCUCCCGUCGUCACCGAUGGUCCCGAGGUUACCGGCGGCCCCGGUCCAGAGGUUCCCCCUACCACCACCGAAGAGGAGGAGCCCAUCGUCACUGGCGGUCCUGGCGGCGAGGAGCCCCCCGUCGUUACUGACGGCCCUGAUGUCACCGGCGGUCCCGAUGUUGAGCCCCCCGUCGUCGUUGUUCCGACCUCCUUCGGCACAGUCACCGUUCCCGCUGUGACUGACCUCCCUUCCACAACCAACACCCCAGUGACAGCCGGUGCUGGCCGUGCUGUUGGCCCUGUUGAGGGUCUGCUCGCUGCGGUGGCUGGUUUGGCUGCUGUUCUUCUUUAAAAAAGUACACUCUUCUUUUGAGAUGGAUAGUUUUCGGGGAAGGGGGAGUCAAUGAACAUAGAUGAUGAAAGCUUUUUUGGGGGCAAAUGAUACACAUGUUUGGAAAUAUUUUUGGCAUAUCUAUUGGGUAGGCAUUUAGCUUUUGGAAUAUAUUUGCAAAUGUAAUGCAGCAAUCAUAAGCCGCAGGGCUGAAUCACAACACUUCGCUUCUUGAUCUGAUUUGCCUUGUCGUGUGUACGUGGUGUUCCGGUUCUCUGGCUAGGUUCGGG